CACGAUUGUAACAUUCCAUGUUUAGAUAAUCUUGGCCUAAUAGUCCAUGUACAACUCUUACUCAUGAUCCCUGCACCGAUAUCAAAACAUAUGUUGUGACCUUCAUCUUUGGACGCAUCGACGAGCUAUUCUUGAACAUAAACGUUUGUGACAUUAGAUGACCUCGGCUCCACACCCCACUAUUCCUUAAGAGUUUUUCAAGCAAGCAGCCAUUCCACAUCUUAAUAUUUUAAUCGAAAAAAAUGUUCUCAUUUUCCAUCUUGGUGGCCGCUAUGAUUCUUCAAAUAAUCGUUGCAUCACCAUAUAUACCCUCGACCAAUCGAAUUGUAACGGUGUAUGAUGGGGGAGAUCCCUCUGCUAUGUGUCCAAUUUGUCGAGACCGUUUUGUCUUGGGUGAAGUCAUUCGCAGAUGGACACCUUGUGGGCAUACCUAUCAUGUUCUUUGUAUGAACCGUUGGUGCGCUGGUAGACAGGAAAACAACAGAAAUUGCCCAACUUGUCGAGCAACCCUGAAUGGAAGACUUGCAGAGAUACAAAGAGCUCAGCACAGUAGCCGAAACUCGAGUGGGCGCACAUGUUCUGCAUGCUCAUCAACCAUGGUACAGAUUGAAAACCCACAGGGGUAUCAGCUCUUGUGUCAGAGCUGCGGACGGUUUACUACCCAUUCAGACUGAAAACGUUCAUCAAGUUAGCUGGAAUAGCCCCAAAAGGAAAAGUUUGUAACCCUUGCACUGGCAGCAGUAACUGGUAAAAAAAAUCUAGUGCAACCCCUACACAGUUGCUGCUUAUAUUACCAUUUUGGUUAGGAAAAUUUCUCUCACUGCCAUGUUUCCUUUUCUCCCUGUUAGUAACACCUACUGAUAACUACAAAAAUAUAUCUUGAUAGUAAUAAACUUGAACAAAGUUGAUAUUGUCCCAUUUUCAAACGGCUGUUCAUCAGGGAAAUGGCAAUACAUCAACAGCCAAGAAAUGUAAAUAUCUGUAAACACAUAAUUUUGUAUCACUUCCUAAACAAAUAUAGCUGUUGUCAAUGCUAUACCAAUCUAAAUCAAAAAUGUUUGGCAGAGAGAGCUGAAAGAUGUUGAACCAUGCUCACAAGUAAUUGCAUUCUUUUCAAGUUAGGCUAAGAUUGUUAAGAAAAAAAAUGGCAG